AUGCUACGCUCAAGGAUUAUGAUGGGAAGACCCUACCCAGCAACAAGGGUGAAGGUCUCUGGAAUUGGGGCACGGUUUUCCUCAUCUGCUGCUGCUGCUGCUGCCGAGGCCACUGAGCCACAAGAUGGUGAUAACGUAGAGACAUCCUCUGCCAAUUUUGAACAAGUUUCCGGUUUUAGAAGCAAGGAUGCCGCCCCCGCUAAGAACAAGAAAGUAGUUCAAAGAACCACCGAUCUAACCCCUCCAAAGAAGACCCCGAAGAGAUACAUCAGUCUUUUACCCAGAGUGCCCUCAACUAGUAAUAUCAACCACAACUCAUUGAUGCUGGAUUCAUUGAUGAAUGGAUACAGACCCUUACAAAUGCCAGUUGCAAAAAACUUGACCGCAUCCACACAUGGUACAUCAUCAGGAUCCCAAACUGCUCCAGCUGCCCUCCUAACUCCAAAAAGAAAAUCAAGUUCAAUUCUAGACAGCCUAAAAGAAUUUAAGGUGUCGAGGAAUCGGCUGAGAAACCAAGUGACCAGCUCAAGAACUGAUAACUACAACCCCUAUUUUAGCAAGGACCAGCAUUUUGUGCCAUAUACAUCGAUUUUCACUAAUUCCAUCCUCAACACCCAACAGCAUAACACAGAGUUAUUUAAUCUUCCUCUCAGUUACUUGGAGAAGCUAAAGCCUUAUCAGUGUUCCAACAAACCUGGAGAUGAAUUCUAUCGGGAUGACUUAAUCGUGGUAAAGAAAAUUGAGCUAGAAGAGUCGGAGCUUGAAGCAAAGAAGAAGCGAUUACUUAGUUAUACAAGAGUCAUUGGUGACGCAAAGAAUGGUACCAAAAAACAACUUGAAAUUGAUGACAUUGAGGAAUUUUUCGGAUUCAAAUAG